CUAGCUCGGCAGCUACUACGCCAAGGGUUUUCUACUACACCCGCGCGAGCAGCAGCCAUGAAGCCGGCGAUGGUCGAAUACCAAAGCCCCGCGUCCGGCCAGCGGCGGCGCCGUCUGGCCGCCGUGCUUACCCCAUUGCUGCUUUUCCUUGCCGCCGCGCUUUCUUUCCCCUCCGUCUUCCACCUCACCCUACAUUUCCCGCCGCCGUCGGCCGGUCCGCCUCCUCCUCCGCCAACUGGGCGGGUGGCGGUGUGCCUGGUGGGCGGGGCGCGGCGGUUCGAGCUGACGGGUCCGUCCAUCGCGCGGCACGUCCUCGGUGCGCCCGCGCUCCACCAUUUCGGUCCUGCCGGCGUCGACUUGUUCCUGCACAGCCCGCUCGACGCUGACGCCUACAAGUUCUCCCUCCUCGCCCGCGCGCUCGGCAACGCUACGACGACGCUGGCCGCCGUGCGGGUGUUCCGGCCAGAGCCUGUGGAGGAGACCCCUGAGCGCGCCCGCGUCCUCACGCCCGCCAACUCCCCGAACGGCAUCCAGGGUCUUCUCCGGUACUUUCACCUGGUGGAGGGCUGCCUGGACCUCAUUCGGGAGCGUGAAUCUCAAGGCAAAUUUACAUACAACUGGAUUGUCCGCUCCCGUGUCGAUGGCUAUUGGACCGCUCCGCUCUCCGCUUCCGAUUUUCCAUAUUUCGAUGAUGUCUAUAUCAUUCCCCAAGGCUCUGUGUUCGGUGGCCUCAAUGACCGGCUCGGUAUCGGGAGGCGCACUGCCUCAGAGGCUGCAUUGUCCCGCCUCUCCAUGUUGCACCGGCUGAAUGCAGCAGGGUACAAGGCCCUCAACUCAGAGGCAGCAUUCAGAGCACAACUCAAGGUGUCUAGGGUUGCGGCUCAGGAGCGAAGGAUGUCCUUCUGCGUGGUGAGCGACCGAUCAUACUCAUUCCCACCAGUUGGGUACGGCGUGCCUGUGGCGUCGUUGGGGAGCAUUGGCCCGCUCAGCGGCGCCAAGUGUCGCCCAUGCAGACACCCCAUGUCUUGCGGUGGCAGGGGCAAGGUGUGUGUGGUAGAAAGACUGCAUCGUGGGUGGAGUUGGACUGAGUGGCGGAAUGGAACACUCGAGCUAUGCAACGCUAGCGAGGCGUGGGAGGAUGGGUGGGAGGAGGUGUUCGACAUGACAGCCGGUGAGGAGGCUGCAGUGGAGCGGAGAAGAAUGGCACACAUGAGGCUUGAGGAGUGUGUUGCGGAGAUGGAGGCGCUCAGGACGCGGACUGAACGAUGGGAUGCGCCUAAUCCGGAGGAGAUAUGCCGCCUUGGUGUCUUGGCGGCACCGGCGAGCCCCUCACCCUUUUCUCUUCGGACAUAAACCAACACACUUAAUCGAGCAGCCUUGACAUUUCUCUUGCUUACGUGGCAAACCCUGUUAAAAAACUUUUCCAUGUCUGCUCAGCAAACAUUGUACAAAACAUAUACCACCAGCUCAUUAGCAUUCAGCGGUGAAAAUACAAGAGACAGAAUAUGUGCAACUCCGAGUCUUGUUUGAAACACGGGAAUUCAGCAGUGAUUUUUUAUUAAGUUCUGUUUUUUCUGUUCUUCCUGUA